AUGAACAAGUUACAUCAGGGAGAAGUAAAAAAUUCGGCGCAGAAGAUUUUUACGAGGCCACCACGAAAGAGUAGAAAGAACGAAUUUUACGAGAAUAUCAUCGUCCAUUUCGAUCUCAAAGGAGCACCUCCACGGGUUCCAUAUUUCAUGGAAUUGCUCAAUCUUGUCGCACGAGCUGGAGCUACAGGUCGGCUACAAGUCGCAAGAAGUACUGAUGCAUAUUCACUCGAUGAUGUACGAGCUAUACUCUCGAAAGCGAAGAGCCUAAAUCUCGAUAUAAUCCCUCUAGUGCAAACGUUUGGUCAUUUGGAGUGGUUUCUAAAAUUGGAAGAGUUUCGAAAGUACAGGGAGAAUGAUGCUUAUCCUCAGGUACUUUGCUUGGGCGAUCAAGAAGGUGUUGCCAUAGUCAAAGAUGCUCUAAAGCAAGUGAUAGAUGUUCAUAAAGAGUUUGGCAUCAAAUAUUUCCAUAUCGGGGCGGAUGAGGCAUUCGAGGUACCAGCUUUGCAUCUCUGCGAAAUCUUUUUCGAGUCAUUCUCGACG